UCUACCGGUCCACGUUGCGUCCGAACUCCGAAGACUCCCCAGUCCACACGGCGCUUAGAGGGGUUCGGUGAGCGAUCGGGAGGAUUCCUGAGCUUCCCAGUUCCUCCAUCCCACCCGUCGCGCCCCGGCGCUGCACUCCAUCGCCUCAGCCACUUUCCACCAGCCAGCCAUGGGGCUUAGGGUUUUCCUCCUCCUCCUCGUCGUGCUUCUCAUAUCGUCUCCGAUCCUCAAAGUUGUUAAAUGUCAGUCGGAUACAAGUGAUGAAGCAAUUGAAGUUGUUGAAGGAAGUGAUCUUGGCAUAGUUGGUGAUGAGUUGCAAGACUUUGGUGAUGGAUCAUUCAGUCCAGCCCCUGGAGUAGACACUAUUUGUGUUUUUCCAAAAAAUGCUGCACGGUUGGUUCCUGCAGGGGAGGAAACUGAAUUAUUGGUUGGAGUUCAUAAUGAAGGUGAAUCGACUUUAAAGGUCAUGGCAAUAAGGGCUAGUCUUCAUCUUCCUUUUGAUCAUCACAUGUUUGUCCAAAAUCUAACUGUGCAGGAGUUCUACAAUGCAUCAGUGCCAGUUUCUGCUCAAGCUACAUUCCCCUAUAUUUUUGUCGUAAGCAAAUUUUUGCAGCCUGGCUCAUUUGAUUUAGUAGGGACCAUUGUUUAUGAGAUUGAUCAGCAACCACACCAAAGUGUCUUCUAUAAUGGUACCAUUGAAGUUUUUGAGUCAGGGGGUUUUCUCAGCAUCGAGUCUGUUUUUCUUGUAACAUUGGGAGCUGCUCUCAUAGGCUUGUUUGUUAUAUGGGCAUAUGGUCAGAUACAACACUUUUCAAAGAAAACAAAGAGAGCAUCCAAAGUGGAAGUAGGCACGGGGACAACUGAUGCUAACAUGGACGAAUGGUUGCAGGGAACAGCAUAUGCUCAGUCACUGUCAAACAAGUCGAAGAAGAAGAAGUAGAGUUUCUCAUGCGCUUUCUUGGAAGGUUUGGAUUUGGUGGAGUAACCUACAAUUUACAGUUUCAUAGAACAGGAAGAUAGCGACAGCCUCUGACAAAGCUAAAGCUCUCAACCUGUGAGUGAACAUCAAAUUUAAGGAGGUACUUCAUUAUUUGACGGCUUGUAACUGAAAUCUAUCUUUGCAAAAGGAAUAUUUGUAUGCAGAAGAAUUUUGUAGAAAGUACAUGACGUAGGCAGAUCUUGGUAGUCAGUUUGUCUGAUGAGCAUAUUAUUUGCUGAAAUCAUCUGGCAACACUAGUUCUCACGCGACACAUAAAUACUAAAUGUGCUAUGUAGGAGGCUGAAAUGUUUGAAUUCUACCGCUUUGGACGGUUUAAAUAUGUCUUGCAGAAAGCUGAAAUAUUUUGCUUUGCUUCUCUGGUUCA